CAAAACGAUUGCCACUAGAAUCUUCACUCUGAAUUUUCUGUUGUUGUUGUUUUUCUGUUGGAUGUGUGGUAGAGGAAUGGGUCUUGGGUGAAAGGAUGGAGGAUGAGAAUGCAGGUGAAUUGGUGACAGCUUUGGAGAUGGAGCUGGAGCUGGACCCCCAUUUGCUGAACUUGGAGAUGGAGAUGGAGCUCCAUUUUCCGGGAAUGGAGAUGGAGAAGUAUAGCAGUAGCAUGCUCUGCUUCUCUCUCUUCUCCCCCCGAGACUUUCUCAGAAGAAAAGGCAGCAGCUGCUGGAGAAAUGUGGGCGUUCUGGAAUGAUGAGAGGAUAAAAAUGAUUGUGAAGACAAUCAUGGGGAGAAUAUGGGUGAAAGAAGAAGAACCCAUGAUUUCUCUUCUUCUUCAAAGC